AUGGCCAACGUGGAAGAAGGAGUGCGAGCUGUGAAGCAUGAGGCGGAAGCUCUACGCCAGCCAUUUGUUGCAGCUGGCGAGGAGUGGAACUCCAGAAUGAGAAACUUUAUGCAGGAGCUCGAACAGCAGGUGAGGCAACCCAUCUUGGAAGCCGCCGAGCGCUUCCAGGGCCAGAUCGAGUCGCAGCGUCAAUCUUUCCAGGACCAAUUUCGGAAUGCUCAGCAGGAUCCUGCCCAUGGCUGCAUCCUAGGCGGCUGCGGACAGCAGCCCGAGGUGGCAGGGUCACGGGAGGCCUCCUCGGGCAACUUGAACAUGCGGACGCCCACCAGCAGGGCGAACGCGAGCCACCAGUCGUUGAGCCACAUGGAGAAGGAGCUGGCAAGCGCGCAGCCCCCCCGCUUCCUGGCAGAGCCUGGCCAGGGCUCUUCGUUUUCGCAGCUGCCUCUGGUGGAGAUUCAGGAGGAGCGAAAAUGCGCAGCCUGCUUUUGA